AUGGCUUCUCCAGAUACAGAUGCGUGUGGCUCCAGUCCCAAGGUGUCAAUCCCGCUGAUUCUCAACGCCGAAUCCACUCAACGGAAAGCCCUGCCUCCCAGACUUCCCCCUCCAUCGCUUCUCUCCAGACAUGACUUUGCUUUCGACAGAGAUCACAAGCCCUUUACUGCUGCUCGGGCCCCACUACCCUCUACAUCGCCUCAACAGGCUUCACAUUUUGUGUCACCUGCUCCUCACCCCCAGCUCUUGCAACUGUUGCACCAGCAUCGCCAGAUGCCCAUGUACUUGAAUCAUCACGAGUCGGCAUACCACCUCCAGCAUCCACAUCACCAGCAGCAGCCGCAGCUGCCUAUGCACCAAAUCCCCCCACACCAGCAUCACCAUCCCGCACAGUCAAUGGGGUUGCCAAUGGGAGGUAUGGGCGUACAGACGAUGCUGACGCCUUACCCAAUGAUGCACAUGGCCAACUAUGGCUACAAUCCAUACCCUACACCAGCUAGCCAGGUUGUUGUGUCGCCAAGCCACCAACUACAGCCACAGAACAAACAUCGCCGGUUCCGUCGUCGCUACUACCAGAUCCAUCGCAAGUACAACUGUACCUUUGCUGGAUGCACCAAGAGCUACGGGCUGUUGAAUCAUUUGAACACUCACAUCGUCACGAAAAAGCACGGUCUGCGCAAGUCCAAGUCUGAUUUCAAGCAUGCUGAGAAGGACGAUGAGUCCAAGGAUGACGACAAUGACGCUUCGUCUUCUACAAACUCAACCACUACGCCGUCUACAGAAAUUACCAACGCUGACAUUGAAAUGAAAACCGAAGGUGACAUUGCCAUUAGUGGUAUUACUCAUGGCACCAAUGCUGCAUCUGACAUGUCCCACACCGUGAAUGCAGUGGCAGGCACCGUGGCACCAGACACGCAUGAGGUUGUCACGAAGAAGUAUGCGUCAGAAAGCCUGACGGACAUGGUGACAGACAUCUCGGGUGCCACAAACACCAGCACGCAUAAUGAAACCAAGAUUGUGCUUCCACCUCCCAAAUGGACCAGUGGCUCGGCAGCGUUGACGUUGCCAUCUAUCUCUGCCAGUCCUAAUGAUGGUCCCAUCAAGUUGCCUUCGCUCCCCUCUGUGGUGGGUCGCAGAAGUCCGCUGCCAUAA